AUGUACGACCGAACGAUUUCGAUUGGUAGUGCAGGGAAGGCAUUUUCUGUCACUGGAUGGAAGCUGGGUUGGUGUGUCGGUCCCAAACAUCUUUUGACGCCACUUAAGAUGGUGCACCAAAACUGUGUUUUCACAUGCAGUACUCCAACACAAGAGGCCCUCGCGUGCGCCUUCGAGAAAGAGCUUGAUUUAUUCAAAACUGAUCCAAGUCGUUCCUACCUCUUAACUGGUCUCCCUAACGAGUUGAAAGAAAAAUGUGAAAAGUUGCACAAGAUGCUUUCCGACGGUGGUUUCGAACCGAUUCGUCCUGAAGCGGGUUACUUCAUGUUGGCUCAAUUCGGAAAAUUAGACGGACCUUUCAAAAAACCGGAUGCAUCGAAUGAUCCUCUCGAUUUUCGGUUCGCUAGAUGGCUCUGCAAGGAAAAGAAGCUCGCUGUUAUUCCUCCGUCGGCUUUCUAUAGUGACGAGAACAAGGAAGCAAAUGAAACUAUGAUCCGCCUUUGCUUCAUGAAAGUGAGUAUUUUCGCAAAAGAAGUGUUUCAGUUGCUCGAAUAG